ACACGUUGUUAUACUGUUCUGCGCUACAUUACGCUCUCUGCUAAUGGUGGUAGUAAACCGAACUGUGAGCUCUUCUCCCGCUUUGGGGUUUCGACUCACUUGUUUGGGGCCAAGUGAGCAAACAAGAGGCGAUCCGUUCCGAUGCUGUGCUGAUGCUGUCCAAGUCCGUCCGGUUUCAUUUGUGGAAGAGCUGAUGAAAUGCCAUAACCCGUAGCUGUCGGACAGGAAUAGCCGCUGCUGCUUCUGCUACUGCUGCCGUUGCCGAUCUCAAGCAGACUACUGGAUUAUUUCGAUCGUCGUAAGAAGUGUUUUUCCUCGACUCAUUUUAUUUUCCAACGUGCGGUGAAAGUGUAGUUCUUUUGUACGAAGAUUAGGCGGCUUUUUCUCAGGUGAGAAGCGAGAAAAAGUUCGAAACCACAGAGAAGUGAAACGGUGUUCACAGCGCCUAGCUUUUCUAGCUAGAUUUAAAUAAGAAGAAGAAAAAAGAGAUCACAAUUGGAAGUGAAGUGAAAAUGGUGCCGAUAAAAGGGAUUUAUCUAGCACUCCUGGUGCUCGUCGCUAGCAGCAGUUUCCACAGCAACCAGGUGAAAGGAGACAAGUACGAAGAGGACGAGGAUGACUACUAUGAUUCAAGAGAACGCGUCCUGGAAACAUCCUAUCAUGGGUUAAUUAAAGAGAACGAGACGUUCGUCGAAAUAACGCCGUUAAUCAAAGUCGACGAAACAAAAGUAUGCGGAUUCCACAUAAUCAAAAAGAACAAGGAGAUUCCAUUUCAGAUCGAGCUAGUCAAUGAACUGGGCAUACUGAAAGCGAAAAAGUCGCUGAAUUGCGAAAAACGCAAAAACUACAAAUUCGACAUCACGGCGGUGUUCUGUGAUGGAUCGCACUCGAAAAGCGCAAGCGUUCACAUCUCGGUGAUUGACAUAAACGAGUACUCGCCGACAUUUCUGCAGCCAUCAUACGUAACGGAGGUGGACGAAGGCCGUCUGUAUCAGGAAAUCAUCCGAGUGGAAGCAACAGACAAGGACUGCACGCCACUGUUUGGCGACGUGUGCAAGUAUGAAAUUCUCACCAGUGAUCAGCCUUUUACAAUCGACAAUGAAGGCUCGAUUCGAAAUACAGAGCCAUUGUCACAUAAAGCAUCCCAUAACCACAUCCUGUCGGUCGUAGCCUACGACUGUGCGAUGAAGCAAUCCGCCCCCGUCAUGGUCAAUAUCCGAGUGCGAAGAGUUUGCGAAGCACACGUCAUGGGAGUAGCCGAGCGAAUUGAUUACAUUGCUAACUCAAUGGAGAGUGUGUCCUUGUUCCCGAAGAUACACCUGGAACUAUGCGAUAUGCAGUGCAAAGGAGAAGACAUGGUUAUUCAAUCGUCGGUUUCACUCAAAACUAAACAUAUCUCUUUUGGCUGUGACCGAGAUGCAAGCCAGUGCUUGAAAAAGCUCAAUGAAGAGGAGCAGGUUGAGAGUGGAAUGGUAGACCUUCUGCAGAAAAAUACUGAAUGGACAAAGGAUCUUACGUACGAUGAAGGAACAGAAUCGAUUUUCCAUUUCGAUGGAAGCUCCGGUGCCAUUAUUCCAAAGAAUGUGCUAAAAUCUCAGGACUUUGCAGCUCAUCAGUUCAGCAUUAUGACAAUGUUCCGUCAUCAUAGCAUUGCUACCAACGAUAAACACACCAAGGAACACAUCAUUUGCAGUGCUGACGACCACAAAAUGAAUCGCCAUCAUAUGGCUCUAUUUGUCCGUAAUUGCAGACUUAUUUUAUUGCUGCGUAAAAACUUUAACGACGGUGAUUUGAACAUCUUCAGUCCAGCAGAAUGGCGCUGGAAGGUUCCUCAGGUUUGCGAUAACGAAUGGAAUCAUUACACAAUCAACGUAGAUUUGCCCAAAAUUGACCUUUACAUCGAUGGCAUUAAAUUCGAGAGCAACGUUGAAGACCGCCAUAGCAAUCCAGAAGUGAUUGACGACUGGCCACUCCAUGCUGCCCAUGGUAUCAAUACCACACUCGCCAUCGGAGCUUGCUAUCAGGGAUCGGAAAAUCGUCUGAAGCAUGGAUUCAGCGGUGACAUUUCCGAAAUUAAACUGUCACUGAGAAAAAUUCUCACACCAAAACAGAUCCGCUGUGGAACCGACUGUGCUGAGAAACUUCUUCCUCCACCAGACCACUUUUUGGAACCCGAGCAACAAAUUCAGUCAAACACACAAAUGAACAAAAUCAUCAUUGAAGGCAGCAAUAAGAGCAAUAUCGAGCAAUUGCUUCAGCAAAUUCAGUACAUCAAUACGAAAGAUAACCCAACGAUUGGACGUCGUAACAUUCAAGUUAUGACCACAGUCAGUUGUCCAAACAAAAAAGCAAUUCGAUUACCAACAAUUGAUACGUACAUUAUGGUGACAUCAUCUAACAUUUCAUCUCCACCAGCUACCGCGUCAUCUACUUUAUAUAACAAAAUUCUCGUCGAUAAACCAUUGACCGUCGAUCAAAAGCCACAAAUUGCAAUCACCGGAAACUCAAACCACCUCGUGUCAUAUCCAGACAUCAAGGAUGGUGUGAAAAUCUUAGCACAAAUCAACAUCAGUAUUUAUACUGGCAAAGAAAUCCGUCCAGCUUUGCAAAAACUUGACUCUUGCAAUGUCAUCGUUUUCCCGAGCCUCAACCCGGACCACGAGGAAAUCACCAUCGACGACAAGGACGGAACGGACGAAUCGCUGUUCAAGUUCGACAUCAAAACCAAAAUCAGCAAAGAUGGAGUCGAAAUGAUCGGUUAUGACACGAUUGAAAACUACCAACACAUACUGAAAUCGUUGGUUUAUAUUAACAAGAAGCCGGCAUACUAUCUGAAUCGGGUGUUCAAACUGACCUGUUCCCAGGUGGACGACCACUUCCGAAGUGCAGAGUAUACGCUUACGCUGACGGUGCUGCAUCCAAAACAGCAGCCCACGUCGGCGGCCACGUCAUCCAACGUCGUGAUGACGGUACCGUCAGUCAUUCCCACAUCGGCCUCCGAUGGUCAGAUACAUUCCAGCGCUGCAGUGGCAGCAGAUUCGCAUGAAACUAACCAAUAUGCUCAUGCGAUGCUCCAUUCGCACGACAUCCAGGAGUCACAGUCCAAAGUGCACAACCUAGCGCACGACAAAGCCCAGCUGGCCUCGUCCCAUUCGACCAUGUUGAUCGUGGUCAUAUGUGCGUCGUUUGUGCUGUUAAUCUGCGGAGUUGGAAUUGCCCGUCUGCGGAACAACGGAAGCGGAAGUGGUGCCAGCCAGUCUCAAAAUGUAGACAAGCACCAACCCUGCCCAAAGGUGGCACCCGAGCAGCAGCUGGACUGGGACGACUCGGCCCUCACCAUCACCAUAAACCCAAUGCAAAAUGACAACCUCUCGGACGAGAGCUCCGAGUCGGAAAAUUCCGAUUCAGAAGAUGAGGAAGUUAUCAACGGACGUUACAAAAAUGUUAGCCAACUAGAAUGGGACAACUCAACAAUCUAAAUGGAUAUAUCAGAAUUUUUAAAUUAUGGGAAAUUUAUUGCAUAUUUUAAAAUUAAUAAAGCAAACAAAUUGAAACAAGCAAAAUUGCCAUCCACUUUCCAACUUGUACAACAUUCACAACACAAUGAAAACUAUACAGAAACACGCAAAACACGAACACUUAUAGGAAAUACAGAAACACAAGCAGCAGCAGAAUAUCUUCAAUAGCAAACAACGCGCGAAGUAGUAGGUAAUAAACUCUGACGGGAGAUGAAUCCAUCCUACUUUGGUUCGACAGCACACUGACCAAUCGUCGACGUCCGUCUGGGAGAACCCCAAAAGCUGAGGGAGCAGCAGAAGGCGAUCUAUGCAUGCAUUAUUAACGAGCGCAAACAAUAGUGAUAACCGAACCGGCGCAGCUGAACCGAUCCGAACCAGUCAGUGUCAGUGUGGGAAAAAAGGCGCGCGCGAAAAGCGGAAUGUAAAAAAAAUACAUUGUUCAUUUCAAUACGAUUUCAUUAUGUUUUACUUUUUUCCGUGAUCUUUGUUAGGAGUGGAGACAGGGAAGUACACACGUUGAUAAAUGGUUUGAAAUGGACCAAAGUGAAUUGAGUGUUUGUGUUUUUUUUUUGUUCUAUAAAUGAAAUUGGUGGGAUUGUGUACUAAUAGUGUAUUAGGGAUAGUUGUUCCGAAUUUCCCAACACACGUUUUCAUGUUUUAUGUGCACAACUCUCACAUUUUAAGCAGUGUGUUUAGGAUUUGAAUUCAUGUAUGUUUUGUGACUUUGUGACUAGACAUUGCAUUUAUGGGCGUAGCCAGGAUUUCCAUCAGGGAGAGACAAGUCACCUGAAAAGUUAAUUUGCAAAUCAAUCAUUCCCCACAUCCUCUGCACCGUUGAACUAUGAAGGACAUCCAGUCUCUUUGUUUCACAGUAAGCAAAGUGGAGUCCGAAAUGGUCCAGUUUGUUAGAUGAGUCUAUUUAACGGGUUUGUUGCAGAGUAUCCAAAUAUUUUUUUAUUUCUAACUCCUGACUACUUUUGGGAGAUAAUGCAUACAAAAAUGUAUUAAAAAAUUGCAAAAGAAUUCCCAUAGAUGUCUUUUUAGACGAUUACUUGGAAGAAUCCCUGUGAAGUUGCCAGAAAUUUCUUCGUUAGAACUCUCAAAACAGUUCAUUAAGCAAUUCCUUGAUUUUGUUUUUUUUUUUUUCAAUUUCAGGCAGGAUUCUAAAGAUGCUUUCCAAAAGAUGCCUUGAGGUAUUGCUGACGACUCGUUGGAUAAAUUUGGUACUGCAAGGAACGAUUUCUGGAAAUAUAACCGGAGAGAUUAUUGCAAAAAAAUCUUGAAAAAUCACAAAAAACGUCUAGAAAAAUCCCAGGGGUAUUCCUGGGCAAUAUGUGAUUAAAAAUAUCACUUAUAAUCUCUGACGUAUUCUUCGAAGAAUUCCUGGAUGAAUUAGAUUUAAGGUAACUUGCCCAUCCUCUGGCUAUGUUCAUGAUUGUAUGAGCAUGAUGUACAAUUAUCUUGAUCUUUGUUUCCAAAAAUCCAAGUUUGUAAAUUCCGGUAAAUGAUUGGAAGACGAAAUUGCGUGUUCUUAAAGUAAGUUUCGUUAAAAUCAUUUAAUUCAGUCAUCUUCCCCAGAAAUACAAAACUGUAACAAGAUGCCCUCCAGGCCCAUUAAACGUGUCUGGUCCCGAUAGAUUUCCCGAAUCACAUCAACCAGUUGUACAAUCAUUACCAUUCGCCAUCACCGCCACCACUUCCUUAUUGCGUGGACAGCACCAACAUUUAUCGUAUGACGCGCAAAGUAUAAUAAUAAUUGAAACAUAAUCAGCCGGCUGUCGCCUGAGGAAAUGACAGGAUGGCAGCAACGUGAUUACUCACUAACACCUUUCGAUAAUGACACCAACCUGACGGACUGUUCAGGGACGAUAUGAUGAGGCAGAUGCCAAUGGUUAUUGUUGGAUGCUGCUUUCAUUUUAUCGCAGCUUCAUGAACAUCAUCAUCGGCAAAAUGUCCUAACUUUUGUGCUAGAAAAUUCGGCUAACUGUGGCGCCUCGCUUAACAACCAUAAACCCAAUCAGAUCGGGCUAUAAAUUAUCGACAAACAAGUGACAAUGUGACUACUUCCAGCAUAAAUCAACCCAGUGAUUGUGUAUUGUUCGCAAAAUUCAAAUUUCCGUAUAAAAAAAUAAUCAAUGGCUUGUAACACAACUGAUGGUGCAGCCGGAGCCACAUAAUGCUCAAAUGAAUUGCUUUCCUGUGCUCGAAAGGAAAACACAAAUAUUUGGGGUGGAAAAUUCAUAUAUCGCCUCUGGCCACGCAAGGUGCACAUCGGAAGAGUUGAUAAAUGUGUUUUUCCUGCGUGAUCAAAUUAUUUUCUUGAAUUUAUAAUACUCCACAAUGGGAACGUUUUGAUAACGGUGCGAAACAUUUUGCUCACCUACCCGGGCAUAAAUAAUCUGCACAUGCAUAAGCUGUGGCGCAGCUGAUUGUUCAACACAACUGUAUACACACAAAGCUCAAAAUUCAGAAACAAAUGUACAAAGCCAUAAUUUCUUCAUGAACAACACAAUUGUCGAUCAUACUGAACAAUUUCCAGAAUUCUAGCUGCCAGGAUGAUACAAGGAGUUGGAAUUCGUUUCCGACUCCUAUUCUCUCUCAAUUAAGUUAACCGUUACCUGUAACGCGGGUAGAUCACCUAUUCGUGGUGCGUUACGGGGUAAGAUCUACCAAUUCGACCCCUCGUCUCAUCUUGUUUGUCGGGCUAAGGUAAUAUGUUCUAGUAAUUCAAGGAUUCACGGUACAACGUCCUUGUUACUAGUAACAGUUUCUGAAAUUGAAUCUAUUUUACCUAGCAGAUAGUUAAAGAAUCGAAUUCGGUCAGUCUCGGGACUACACUUGAAGUCAG